AGGAAUUGUGUUGUCUUGAGAAAGUUGCAGGAUGGCUCGUACGAAGCAAACUGCCCGCAAAUCCACCGGAGGGAAGGCUCCUCGCAAGCAGCUCGCCACCAAGGCUGCCCGCAAAAGUGCGCCUGCCACCGGGGGCGUCAAGAAGCCUCACCGUUACCGCCCCGGGACUGUCGCCCUGCGGGAGAUCCGCCGCUACCAGAAGUCUACCGAGCUGCUCAUUCGCAAGCUGCCUUUCCAGCGCCUGGUGAGAGAAAUCGCCCAAGAUUUCAAGACCGAUCUGCGUUUCCAGAGCUCUGCUGUCAUGGCUUUGCAAGAAGCCAGCGAAGCUUAUCUCGUGGGGCUCUUUGAGGACACCAACCUGUGUGCCAUCCACGCCAAGAGGGUCACCAUCAUGCCCAAAGAUAUCCAGCUGGCUCGCCGGAUCCGAGGAGAGAGAGCUUGAGUUUCUCAACUCGGCUGCGAGCAACAAAGUAAUCCAAAGGCUCUUUUAAGGGCCACCCACAGAACUCGAAAAAAGAGCUGUUAGCUGCUACCAUGUUUCUAAUGAGACUUAAAAUAGCAAAGUAUUGAUACUCCUAAACUUGGUAGCGGAUGGGAAAUGUAUGUAAUAGUCUCAAAGAGUUUAGGCUGA